GGUUUUUUUUUUUUUCCUUUUGAAGAAGAUUUUCCAUUGUUAUUUUGCCAAGAAAAGGAGAGCCCACGAAGCGUUUAAUAGGGUACAGUAGGAUCCUAGUUGAGCGUUACAAUAUUCGGUUUGGGGGUUUGGCUUUUGAAAAUUGGUGCGUCAAAGGGGUUUCUCACAGAGUCAACACUGCUAUAUAUAUUUUUUUAUAUCCAGCCUUUUCGCACGUAAGCUGAGACUUUUUGGUAGACUAAAACCAUAGUCAUUUAUGUUGUUUUGCAACUUGGAAUAAUCUCAUAAGCUUAGCCCAGAGAAAACCAGAGAAUCAAUUAAAAUCAACCCAGAAACCUCCAAUAUAGGAAUCCAAAGCCAAAACCCAACAAGCAAAGAGAGAAAAUGUAUGCUGCUGGUUAAGGUUUCAGAGGUGAUUAAUUAGUUACCUAUGUCUCCCAAGAUGAUGCUUCCAGAAAGCGACUUACCUCCUCGCUUAACACAAGAAAAUUGUUGCUCCAAGUUCUCAGCCCCCUUCGCCAACAAUCUAUAAGCUUGGGUAUUAAGAGUAUUUCAAGAAAAAUCGUUCUCGAUAAACGAACAUGGUUUACAGCAGUCUCUCCAUGGUUUACCUGCCCUAGAAAGUUUCUACGGUACGCUUCCAGAAUCCAAAAAUCUAUAGCGUCGACAUUUUAGCAAUUUGUUGACAUGUUCAGUCCAAACUUAUUUGAGAGUCCCCAUAUGUUCGAAAUGACCCAUAAGACCUUUGAAAGUGAACUGAUGGGGAAGAUCAGGGACGAUGAUUAUGAGACUAAAUCAGGUACUGAAACCAUGGAUGCUCCCUCGGGAGAUGAUCAGGAUCCUAACCAGCGCACGAAAACGAAGCGUUACCAUCGGCACACCCAGCGUCAAAUCCAGGAGAUGGAAGCAUUCUUUAAGGAGUGCCCUCACCCAGAUGAUAAGCAAAGGAAGGAGCUAAGCCGCGAACUAGGGUUAGAACCUCUACAAGUCAAGUUUUGGUUCCAAAACAAGCGCACCCAAAUGAAGGCCCAACAUGAACGCCAUGAAAAUGCUAUAUUAAAUGCUGAGAAUGAAAAACUCCGUGCUGAGAACAAUAGGUACAAGGAAGCUCUUAGCAAUGCUACAUGCCCCAACUGUGGAGGCCCAGCUGCUCUCGGAGAGAUGUCAUUUGAUGAGCAGCAUUUGAGAAUAGAAAAUUCCCGGUUGAAGGAAGAGAUUGAUAGGAUAUCUGGAGCAGCUGCUAAAUAUGUUGGCAAGCCUUUGACUUCCUUUCCUCACCUUUCUACUCAUUUACAUUCACGUUCUCUUAAUCUUGGAGCUAGCAAUUUUGGGACACAAUCAGGGUUUGUAGGAGACAUGUAUGGAGGCAGUGAUCUUCUAAGGUCGGUAUCUGGGCCUACAGAAGCAGAUAAGCCCAUGAUUGUGGAGCUUGCAGUUGCGGCAAUGGAGGAACUAAUCAGAAUGGCCCAUUCUGGGCUGCCGUUGUGGGUUCCUGGGGAGAAUUCUACAGAUGUGUUGAAUGAAGAUGAAUACUUGAGAACUUUCCCUAGGGGAAUUGGACCAAAACCUUUGGGUUUGAGAUCUGAAGCUUCAAGGGAAUCUGCUGUCGUCAUCAUGAAUCAUGUCAACCUAGUUGAGAUUCUCAUGGAUGUGAAUCAAUGGUCUAGUGUGUUUUGCGGUAUUGUUUCAAGGGCUAUGACUCUAGAAGUCCUAUCAACUGGUGUAGCAGGAAACUACAAUGGAGCCUUGCAAGUGAUGACGGCUGAGUUUCAAGUACCUUCACCACUUGUACCAACUCGGGAAAAUUAUUUCGUGAGGUAUUGUAAGCAGCACACUGACGGAACUUGGGCAGUGGUUGAUGUUUCCUUGGAUAAUUUACGCCCCAGUCCAAUGUCCAAGUGUAGAAGAAGGCCGUCAGGAUGUUUGAUCCAAGAAUUGCCAAAUGGAUACUCAAAGGUUACAUGGGUUGAGCAUGUAGAAGUGGAUGAUAGAACUGCCCACAACAUGUACAGACCAUUAAUUAAUUCUGGUCUAGCUUUCGGAGCAAAACGUUGGGUGGCAACAUUAGAUCGACAGUGUGAACGUCUUGCAAGUUCAAUGGCCAGUAACAUUCCGGCUGGGGAUCUAUGCGUUAUAACAAGCCCAGAAGGGAGGAAGAGUAUGUUGAAGUUGGCAGAGAGGAUGGUGACUAGCUUUUGUACCGGCGUUGGUGCUUCUACUGCCCAUGCUUGGACAACUUUGUCAGCAACUGGUUCUGAUGAUGUUAAAGUUAUGACCAGGAAGAGUAUGGAUGAUCCAGGCAGGCCUCCUGGUAUUGUGCUAAGUGCUGCGACUUCCUUCUGGAUCCCAGUUCCACCAAAGAGGGUUUUUGAUUUCCUUCGGGAUGAGAACUCUCGAAGUGAGUGGGAUAUCCUUUCAAAUGGUGGUCUCGUUCAAGAAAUGGCUCACAUAGCUAAUGGUCGUGAUCCAGGCAAUUGUGUCUCCUUACUGCGCGUAAAUAGUGCAAACUCUAGCCAAAGCAACAUGUUGAUACUACAAGAGAGCUGUAGUGAUGUCACAGGCUCAUAUGUGAUUUAUGCCCCAGUUGAUAUUAUUUCUAUGAACGUGGUCUUAAGUGGUGGCGAUCCAGAUUAUGUUGCGCUUCUACCAUCAGGUUUUGCAAUACUUCCCGACGGUCCAGGACUUAACGGAGGAGGAAUUCUAGAAAUCGGUUCUGGGGGCUCUCUCCUCACUGUUGCCUUCCAGAUUUUAGUUGAUUCAGUUCCAACAGCAAAACUCUCUCUUGGAUCGGUGGCUACUGUCAGUAGUCUAAUUAAAUGCACAGUUGAAAGGAUCAGGGCUGCGGUCAUGUGUGAUAAUGCCUGAUCCGAUCAAAAGGGUUAUAGUAUUGUGCGGGAACAAGAGGAGGAAGAGAAGGGAAUUGAAAGAAAAGAAAUGGUGUUUGCCUCAAAACAUAACGAAGAAGUCAAGAACGCACCUUUCAUGAUCCUUGCCUCGUGUUUAUAAGAAGAAGAAUCACCACCCUGCAAGGGUAAUAGGUUCGGGAAUUGACUUUGCAAAACAAAGAUCAAAGUUAACUCAGGCCUAAUAUAUAUGUUAGGAGAACUCACCAUUUUGUGGCCAUAGGCUAAGUCUUAAGACUAAGAGUUAUUGUGGGAGUGGUUAGAUUAAAUGAUCUAAUUUCUUUUCCUUACUUAUGGUUUCAUGUGUUUCGUGUUGAAGCAUUAGACUCACACCCCAUUAACAAACAUUUGUUUCUGCUUUAUGUUUUGGUAGUUUUGCAAUUAAUGAAUAACUGUUGCUUUGCUACUUUGUCUUGUGCAACUAAUAACAGGUUUACCUUCUUUCGUGUCCUUUUCUCCUACCCCUGCUGUUUUUGAUUGGUGGAAAAGAAAAUGGCUAGGUAGAAUUGCAUAUUUUUUCUAGCAGUUGGACAUCAAUGGAACUUAUUUAUAGCCUUGGAUACUCGAAACAAUUCAAAAAUUAUGCUAAAAGAUCAUCAUAUCCCUCUAAUAUAGCAAUAGAUGAUUGAGGUGCAAGAUACAAUCCUACUAAUUUUCUCUUUCCGAAGGAAACAGAUUACUCUAACUAUUGCCAUGUUUUGAAUUCUAGGAAGGAUGAAUCCACAAUUGGAGAGCCUUAUGUCAAACGUUCUCAUGAUGACCAUAAACUCUUUUUCUAAUUAACAAAUUUCUAUUAAGGGGAUACCAUAUUCUUAUUUG